UGUUCCUCGCGGGCUGUAAACUGUCCUGCAAGAGGAGAAAUUGAUUACGCCCAAUUCCAGCGAGUUGCGCUUUUCAGAACACUUGGGCGCAUGAAAACUCCAGUGGACUCUCCUGCAAGGGAGAUCAUGCCCCCUAAGACGCUUUCCAACCUCUACCAGGCUGUGAGCACGAAUCAGAGCGGUUUAAUCUCCGCGGUGUCCGAAAGGGAUUUCCUGCCUGCACCAGACGGGACCACCGCGGAGCUGGUGAUCCGCUGUGUGAUCCCCAUCCUGUACCUGUUCAUCAUUACAGUGGGCUUGCUGGGGAACAUCCUGCUGGUGAAGAUCUUCAUCACCAACAGCACCAUGAGGAGCGUCCCCAACAUCUUCAUCUCUAACCUGGCCGCGGGAGACGUGCUGCUGCUGCUCACCUGCGUCCCAGUGGACGCCUCGCGCUUCUUCUUCGACGAGUGGAUGUUCGGGAAGGUGGCCUGCAAAUUGAUCCCGGCCAUCCAGCUCACUUCCGUGGGGGUUUCUGUGUUCACGCUUACUGCCCUCAGUGCUGACCGGUACAGGGCCAUCGUCAACCCCAUGGACAUCCAGAAAUCGGGAGCGGUGCUGUGGACCUGCGUGAAGGCUGUGGGUAUCUGGGUGGUCUCCGUGCUCUUGGCAGUUCCUGAGGCUGUGUUUUCGGAAGUGGCUGGCAUCAGAAGCUCGGAAAAUGGCAGCUUCACAGCAUGUAUCCCCUACCCUCAGGAAGAUGAAUUGCACCCAAAAAUUCACUCAGUGCUCAUCUUCUUGGUCUAUUUCCUCAUACCACUUGCUAUUAUUAGCGGUUAUUAUUACCAUAUUGCAAAGACCUUAAUUAAAAGUGCACAUAAUCUUCCUGGUGAAUACAAUGAACAUACCAAAAAACAGAUGGAAACACGAAAACGCUUGGCUAAAAUUGUGCUGGUCUUUGUGGGCUGCUUUGUCUUCUGUUGGUUUCCAAAUCACAUCCUCUACUUGUAUCGGUCUUUCAACUAUAAUGAGAUCGAUUCAUCUCUAGGCCACAUGAUUGUCACCUUAAUUGCCCGAGUUUUAAGCUUUUGCAAUUCUUGUGUCAAUCCAUUUGCUCUUUAUCUACUCAGCGAAAGCUUCAGGAGGCAUUUCAAUAGUCAGCUCUGUUGUGGGAGGAAGACCUAUCAAGAGAGAUCACCCAGCUACCUUCUCAGCUCUUCUGCAGUGCGGAUGACAUCUCUGAAAAGCAAUACCAAAAAUGUGGUGACCAAUUCUGUACUGCUGAAUGGACACAGCAUGAAGCAGGAAAUGGCACUGUGACUUUGACCCUUCAAGUCAUCACCUGGAAAGGAUUUA